AUCACAUUGUGGGUUAGGAUUUUAACAUAUGGAUUUGGGGGUGGGAACACAGAUGUUAAAUCCAUGAAAGUUUUGUAUUCCCAGUAGCUAUCCUAGUGCCUGACAGAUGAUAGGUAUUUGUGGAAUAAUUGAGUACAUGUCAUCAGAUUCUCUGAAGAGUCUGAAUUUCAUAAAAUAUUAAGGGUAAUUUGAGGGUGUUUAGUGUUUUUCAAAGCACAUGAGAUAUAGUGGUUGCUGCAUUUUUUUUCUUUUUUAAAAACAGUCUAGUCUAAGAUUAUUCCUAUCUCUGUAACCAGACAGACAGGGACAUAACUGGGAUAGUGGAGGAACCACCCUGGAGAGACAGCUGUGUCAGCCCUGUGAACAAAACUCUUCUCAACAUUGCUUGAGCCCAUGAGUUUGAGGUUGCAGUGAACUAGGAUGAUGCCACUGCACUCUGGCCUGGGCAACAGAGCAAGACCCUGCCUCAAAAAAACAAAAACAAAAAAACACUCCUCAAGAAGCUAGAGGAGCUUGUCUUUUAGUGGGAGGACAGAGACGUGCACACACACACACACACACACACACACAUAAUUCUCACAUAAUUCUCACGUAGUGUGACAAAUGCCGUGUGAGCUGCUUGGAAAAGGAGGAACUUCUUUGAGUUGCCUGGGAAAGCUCAGGGAAUGAAUGAUCUACCCCUUGCAGGUGGGGAGAUAUUUUGCAAGUUGAGAGUGAGGGAUUAUCUGUGCAGAGUCGUGGAGGUGGACAAGUGCUAGGCGUGAUCAGCAGAAAGGCAGGAUAUGCAGUGGAGUCAGAGCCUGGGGUGUGUUGGGACAGGAGAGAUGUCUGGAGGUGAACCUGAAAAGAAAAUUGGGGCCAGAUCGUGAGGAGUGUCAUCUGCUGCUCUUUGGAGGCUGAAUUUUUAUUUUUUGGCCUUGGAAAUUCAUGAAUUUUUUUAAGGUGGACUGUCAUGAUAUUUUGUGGCUCUCAUGGCUUAGGAGGAGCAUCUUAGUAUAAUCAUUAGGGUUGGGGCUCUGGAAUCAGGACGUGGGUGCAAACUCUGUCUUUUUCAUCUGUCCACUGUGUGAUCCUGAAUGUGCACUUAUGCUCUUGGUGCCGGGCCUCCUCAUCUGUCCACUGGGGGCCAUGAUACCCCAUUUAGGGGCUAUGUUGUAAGAUUCAAUGAGACACACAUUGCCUGGCAUAAAGUCGUCCUGCAAUCAGUAAUGAUAGUAUCUCUUUCCUGACUUUUGGACUUGAAAGUCCUGGGUUUUGAAACUAUUUUAGUGGUAGUGACUUCUGUGGAGCCCUUUUGGAAACCAUGAGAAGUUUCUGGGGCCAGUUUGCUUGUGCCAUCCCAUGACUAGCAAUAGGGUGUAAUGUUUUGUUGACCUCCCUGGUCUUGACUCCUACUGUGCCUUAAUUUUCUGCACUAAUGCAAAACACUUAUUUUUAAAAGUUUUUAUCUGGAAGUCAGAAAUGGAGUCAAUAUACCUUCGAAAGCACCUUGGGACAUGUCUAACUCAGGGUCUUGCAGAAGUGGCAAGAAUUCACCCAGCGGAUCCUAUAGAAUAUUUAGCACUGUGGAUUUACAAGUAUAAGGAAAACAUGACCAUGGAACAAUUGAGACAAAAGGAAAUGGCCAAGUUGGAGCGUGAAAGAGAACUAGCUCUGAUGGAGCAGGAGAUGAUGGAGAGGCUCAGAGCAGAGGAGCUCUUGUUUCAGCAGCAACAGCUGGCAAUCCAACUGGAGUUGGAAAAGCAAGAAAAAGAGAGACAGAGAAUAGAACUACAGAGAGCUCAAGAACAAUUAGAGAAGGAGAUGAAAAUGAAUAUGGCUAAGAGUGAAGACACUUCACAAUCAGAGGGGGCAACACAAGACUCAGGCAAAACGCUGGCUGAAAUCAGUGAUCGAUACGGAGCACCUAACUUGAGCAGAGUGGAAGAACUUGAUGAGCCAGUUUUAUCUGAUGUUGCAUUAAACAUUGAUCAAGAUUUGUAGGAACAACCAACCUAAGAACAAUAAAUUUUUAUGCUCGUUUCAA